CAAUACCAAUGUUCAGUGACUAGAUGAAGGAGCAGUGAGUGAUCAUACCCUACUAAGUUUGGCUCACCAACAGCAAACCACACUGGAGAGCAAGUUGGCUUAGCAGAUGAUGGAAAUCCCAGAAAAUGUAAUAGAUGAAUUCCUUAAAGAAUGUGAGGUUAUUGAUAGCAUCGAAGAUGACCUUGAAGAUAUUGAAACUAACUUCCUGGCACAGGAGGAAGGCGAGGAAGAUGAUGACGGCGACAUCCCAAGCGACAUCGACAUGCUCUUGGAGGAGGAGGAGUUCAUGGAACUUGACACAUACGAUGCUGACAACGACGACCUCGCCUCCCAAACUGUCACUGCACGGUCUCCCAUUGUUGAGCUCGGGGACGUUGCCGCGGCGACCGCGAAGGAUGCGGUGGACGAUGUGACACGGGUUAGGAAGGAGGGGCGGCGGCCCGUAGUCAUACUGCAGCGGCUAAACCCAGAGGUGAUCGCGGCGACAGAAAAUAAGAAGAAUCAGAGUGGCAGUGGCGGUGGGGGGAAGCCGGAGGUGGAGGAGACGAAGCAGGAGAUGGAGAAGGUCAAGCACCAGAAGGAGGUGCCCAAGGAUGCAGGAGAGAAGGCAAAGCACGAGACAUCAAAAAUCAAGCAUUACACAGAGAAGCUGAAGCAUAAAGCGAACAAGCAAAAGUCAAACGAGGAAGCGAGCAAGAAGCCCGCGUUCGAACUGUCCGCGAAGGAGAAGCCAACUCUGAACACCACGAAGGGAAACGAGGGGAAGGAGAUGGAUAUAAAGAUAAAGCAGGAGGAGAGGGAAAAGGCUACGCACGACGGCUCGCACGUGGAGGUGACAACAACCUCAAAGCAGAAGCCCCACAUCGAGUUGAAGAAUUCUGCGGCAUUAAAAAAGAAAACCUUAAAGAUCAAGGCAGAGUACAAGGGUACUAUGGCAAAAAAGUCGCAGGAGGAAGCUGCCGAGAAGGCAACUGCCGCACUCUACCAGCCGAAGAAGGUCGAGGCAGAAAGAAAGAGAGAGGACUUUGAAGCGAAGGGCACGACCGUGACGAAUCCGAUGGAACUGCACUGCAGCACCUGCAGGACGUACGUUACAAACAAGGAGGCUAUGGACAAACAUCUAACAAGCAUUAAGCAUGCACUUAUGCUGAUGAGGACACUCUUUCAAGGUCAAAUGGACCAGUUUUAUAAGGACAUAACAACUCUGGAGAGUGAUAGUCAUUUCUACAGGUGCAAGGUUUGUGUUAAGGUCUAUAUGGGAAGCAAAACGUUCCUAGACCAUCUUGAGAAGAACAUUCAUUUUCAGAAUGCUGCAGCAAACACUGAGACUCACCAGGCAUAUAUUUUACACCAGCCCUCUGAGAUCCAGGACAUUGUGGACAAGAUCACCAAUGAUUACCUAAUCGGUCUGGAGCACAUUGUCUUUGUGACGAAGCCGGUACUCGAGUGGCCACCGCAUAUGGAGUGCCUGGCCUGCAAGUCAGGCUUCCGUCCAACAGAUCUGCCCAAUCACGUCUGCACGACGCACCACAGGACAAACAUCAUCGAGUUCUUCUAUCCUGAGUAUUUUUUGAAGCUGAAGGAAGCCAUGUUCACGUCCGGCGCAGCGAGGGACCUGGCCAAGCAGAUAGAGGAGAAGUACGGGCGGCAGAAGCUCAAACUCAAGGUCGUUGAGGACACCCUGGAGAGUAUUCUGGAGAGGGGACGGAGCGGCGAAUUCUACACCUAUGAGAAGUAUCGCAAGAACGCGCUCUACAGAGGUCCCACGCCUGAGCGUUCGGUCGUACUCGCACAAACGGAGGAGAGCACCAACAAGCAUCGCGGGAAGAAGCCCCUCGAGGGGAAGAAAGAUGCGGGCGAAGGGCGGCCGCGCCGCGGCUCGUCGUUCGAGCGGCAGGAGGCGUCGAAGCGGAGCAGCAGCGACCAGCCAUCGGACGAUGAAAAUAUCAAACGUCAAAAAAUGCAGCAGAACAGGAACGAACCGCCCCAGUGGGGAGGAGGAAGAGGAGGGGUACAGAGAGGAGCAUUCACAGGGUUCAGAGGAGAAGAAGAAGGAGGAGGAGCAGUCACUAAGGGUAGAGGAGGAGUAAGAGGAGGAGUUGCAGGCUUCAGAGGAGGAGCCAACGCAGAUAGAGGAGGAGUCAGAGGAAGAGGUGCAGCCAUCAGAGGAGGAGGCACAGGAUUCAGGGGAGGAGGUCGAGGAAGAGGCUCGCGCAACUGGUUGGAGCCGCAACACCAGAACUGGGACGGUGGUGCGCAGCCCAACAACAACCCGGGGAUUCUGCCCGACCCCAUCUACCCAAUACUGCAGCCCGGCGCCUCCCUAAUCACCACCUCCCAGGGGCUCAUGCCGGACCCCAACCAGAACGUCUUCAUCGACAACGACGUCGAAGACCACUACGAUUACAACAGAAGCAGCGGAGGAAACCACAGCCAGCAGCAGCAGCAGCGUGAGUGGGAUUGUGAGGGCAGCGGAGUGAGGGAGAAGCAACAUCGCGCGCCCCUCCUCGGCGAUGCCCCUGACCAGCGAACCGCUUCUUAUAACAACCCCGAUCGGCAGCAACCGUACCGCCAGCAGCAGCAGCAAGGGCGUCGGGAUGCCGGAAGGUCGUACCGCGAUGCGGAGGACGUCUCUCCUGGAUCGUUCGGGGAUGAUCCCGACUGGGACAGGAAUGACAGGAUGAGGAGGGAUGAGGGAAUGAUGCGGGAUGAGGGAAUGAUGCGGGAUGAGGGAAUGAUGGGACGCGGUGGGAUGAUGGGAUGA